ACCAGAAAGCAAAGAAAGGGUUACUCAGCUUCCUCAUAGUGUGUAGGUGGUACACAGAUGGUGAACUAACAAAAAAUAAUUAAAUGAAAGAUGAUUUCAAACACAUUAAGCCAGUUUAAGCUAGGUUUAUUGAUCAUAAUCCUAGUUACAAAUGAGAUCACUGCCCAGUCCAAUUAUGCAUCGCUCGCCAAUAGUAUCGAAUAUCAAGGAGAUGGUCUGCCUGAGGAAGCAACGCUUGAUGGAAAGGUGACAAAACUCGAUGAUCUCAGCCCUAUCAUAUUUUUGAACCGCACAAAAGCCGCAUUGAACUGUGCUGCAGGCUCCAUGCAAGUGGAGCUCAAGUUCAACGAGAAGUUCUUCGGCACUGCCUACGCAAAUUACGACAGGAACAGUGCUUGCCAAAUCACUGGUAAAGGCGAAACAAGCUAUACCAUCGAACUGCCCUUGAAAGGAUGUGGAACAAAACAGGAACCUCAACGUGUGUUCACCAACAAUGUUGUAGUACGCUUCCAUCCCGGCCUUGAAAUGGAUGGUGAUGAAAUUAUUACAAUUGUAUGCCGUUAUCCUCCUCCAGUAGCACCCAUCCCUGCUGGUUUACCUGCCCCUAUACUGACUAAUAUAAUACCGGCAUCAAUUUUGGAGCCACCAUUGAAGGGAAUUCAAAUAUUAUUUAUCAUUUGCGCCAUCAUGUUCCUGACAUUAUUGCUCAUAGGUCUGGGGGUAUCGUACUACUGUCUUCGAAGGCAACCAAUGCCUAUUGUUAGGAGAGUUGUCCAUGUUGGAAGCGGUUCUGAAAUAACUGCUUUAGAAACUGGCAGUAUAGGCUCAGGAUUUAAGAUACCACCAGCACAUACCAUUUUGCACCAAACUCGAAGUAUAUCCGGUAGUGAUGGUCCACUUAUUCCAUCUGACUACCCAAGUGAAUCUCAUUCAGAAAAUGAAGAGGUAGAUACCGGUUCACUGCCCGUCAGUUCACAUGGUAGCUUCGAAAAUGCUGCUUUUGCUCAAGAUUCCUCCAGUAUCUAUAGCGAGAACUACGGCCAAACUCAGGAAGUACGUACUGCUGCGAUCUGCGAAACUUCCCCAAAGUUUGAUAUCCAUGUGCGGAUCAAGCGUACUCCGCCUCCAUUACCGUCACCAAUAACAUCUGACACUGAAAGUAAUACAACCAUCAGCCAAAUUGAGCGGAACAAUCUUUCUACAAUUCUGGAGUCCCAUGAGGAUGCAAGAAGUGACAGCGUACUAACAUUUGAAUCACUGCAAGAGGCAGGACUCACUCAGUUCACCUACACUCCUGAGCUGCACACAGUUCCUAAACACAUCCAGCAGGCACCAGUCAUUUCCAAAAUUGCAAAAACUCAGCAACAAUAUAUUCAACGUGAUACUUGGCCAGAGAAUUACGUGGAUGGUUUUCAAGCGACUUCCCCUCGAAGUAUUGUAUCAUUAGGCACUGAAGUGACAGAUACACACUCAAUGACUGAAAUUGUUGACUCCUCGCACUUGUACCCAGCUAAUUAUCACAAUAUCGUCAACCUUAAAUUCUCCGAAAAUCACUUAAAACCACCCGUUAGCGUUAAAAAAAAUGAAAUAUCAUCUCAUGUUAUAGAUGACGUGUUUAUGCAAACCGUUACCGAAAAAACGACGAUCGAGGACAUUGAAAGGCACAAACGCCUGGUUACAGAGUACAAAGCAAAGCCGGUCAUCAAUCCUAAUUGGGAUGUAACUAUUAGAAAUUAUCAGGAGAAUCCACAACCAGAAUGGGAAGAUUUUUCGGAUGUUUCUAGUGCAUCUGGCAUGACUAUUCCACAUUCUGUGUCUACUCAAAUGGCCGUUCCAACUUCUACAUAUAUUUUCGAAAAUGAUACCAUGCUCCAGAGUCCAGAAUUAGUUGGAAAUAUGAAGCCAAUUGAGCUGCCACCGGAGGAUAAAUCGGUUUCCAAUUGGGAUGUUCUCAUACGAGUGCUGCAAGACGUUGAAAUACCAGACAUAUCUGUAACUACCGCUACGCUUCAAAACAACCGUGCUCCUGUGCCACUAGCCAGUCAGCUGAGCUACGAAGACAAGGCAAAAUGGAAACAAAUCAUUACAACCGAAUCCACCUUGAGAACAAUGCUUACGGAAGCCGUUGUGAGAGAAGAUUUCGAACGAAUUCGAACAGACGCCCGCUACGAAAAACUAUUUGAACCGCAAUCCUGGGAAAUUAUCAUGCGUAUACUGACUCCUCCUGAUGACGUUGAAUUGAGACGAUCGAAACGUAAGAAGCGAGAAACAUGGGACACUCGCUCUCGCAGAAGCUCACUGCCUACCUUAUAUGAAUAUGACAGUGAUGGAGGAUCAUCGGUUCGAACUAUUACACAAGACCCAAUUGUAGUUACUACUCAACACAGAGAUAGCUAUGACAGUUCCAGACCUCGCUCAAGGAAAACCUCUCGAUCUUCGUACAGUUCCAAUAACGUAGAUUAUCGCUCAAUGACAGAAAUGACGAUUGAUUUUGCCAAGCCAAAAUACCCCGAUAGUUAUUCCGACGGAAGCUCGUAUUCAGCACAUCAGUACUACGAAGAUGAUCAAUACGACCACCGUUCAAUUCAGCGUUCAUCGAGCCAUCCAAGCCUAGCUAGAUCCGCUAGCGAGUUCACCGAACGAUGGAUUGCUCCUGAAGAAAUAAAUUCAUCUACACCAGAGGUUAGCCCUCAACUAGCACGCCGUGAAGGAAAUUUGAUGGUGCAGUCCAACACUGAUCGCAUUGGAGAUAAUCAUCAUAUCAUCCGAGAAAGCCAGAUGCAAUACAUUGAAACCAGAAAAACUAAUUAUAGAAGGGAUAAUGAUCGAAAUGAUGAAUGGUGAUAUUUUUACCGGAAACAAACCAGAAUUGCGACAAGGUUAUCGAAAUGUGCCAAUAGCAGUAUGCUUUGAAUAAGUUUUAACGAAAUUUGUUACUAACCGAAAUAUUGAACGUUUUAUCUUAAUAUCCAACCCGUACUAAGAGAACAUAGUUCAUCGUACAAUUUUCGCUGAAACUGUGUAACUAGAUGCACAAAGUACUUCAAUGUUCUAAUUUCUUAACUCACUUGGCUAUCUUUGGUAGGUAUGUAAGAGAUUGUUUCUCAAAUUGUUGAAAAUUAUGGGAGUCUCGUCCGCAAAUGACUCUUUUCUCAAUGAUGUGUAUGACGUGCAGAGUAUAGUAUAAGAUGGUGUCCACAAAUUGCUUAUUAUGGCGGUAUUAUGUUUAAUACAAAUAGACCCGUUCCCUCCAUUAGCACGCCGUUUAAUUACGUGCAUAUAGCCAAAAUUUAGCAAUAAUUUGUGAUAUUUUCCUCUAAACUACAGUAUCUGUACGCCUACAUCUAAAUUCAACAAUUCCAAAUAAACUAAACUGCAGAAAUAUAAAUAUCGAAUUACCAUUUUCCUUCAGUUUAAAUCACCGGAAAAAGUAUGUCUCAUUGCUGACUACUCUCUCAUAAUUAUAAUAAACGAAAAACAAAAAUCAUUCUGAAAAAUACAUCGACAGUUGAGGUGAAUUCUACAUACCGAUUCAAAUGGGUGGUGGGUUUAUUUUAUUACGCAACUUGCUAAAGUUAUGCCGAAUUCAUAAAAAUAAACAUGACGAAAACGAUUUUUUAUUCAGAGAUUAGAUUUACCUUAGGACACGUAUAGCAAAAAAUUAACAAAUUAUUAUUCACAAU